AUGGAGGACAAGUCAGUUUCAAAGGACCCUGCCGAGAUGGCAACCCAUGAUAUAGAAGAAGACAGCGAAGCACGCAUCGAAAGACUAGGCCGCGAGCGCCCACCCUGCUUCUCCAGCCUGUGGUCCGAACUAACCUUUUGCUUCUCCAUCGUCAUGUCUCAAAUCCUCGCUGAAUACUACAUCUCCGGCUCCAACAUCCUCCUCCCAACCCUCAUCUCCGCCUUGGACAUCCCCCUCGCCUCCUCCAUCUGGCCCUCCACAGCCCUCUCCCUAGCAGUCACCUCCACCCUCCUCAUCUUCGGCCGCCUGGCAGACAUGUACGGCGGCUUCGCAUGCUACCUCUUCGGCGCCGCCUGGCUCACCAUCUCAUCCAUUCUCGCCGGCUUCUCGCAAACCUGGCUAAUGCUCGUCAUCUGCCGCGCACUGCAGGGCCUCGCCCUCGCUGCAUUCUUACCGUCUGGCAUGAUGAUCCUGGGGAGCGUGUACCGCCCCGGACCGCGGAAGAACCUCGUCUUUAGCGUGUACGGCGCCUGCGCGGCGCUGGGGUUCUUCGUGGGGAUUUUCUUUUCCGGGCUGUGCGGGAGGUUUCUCAGUUGGAGGUGGUAUUUCUUUAUCGGGGGAUUCUUGCCGCUUUGGGAUGGAUUGGCUCGGGCGGGGGUGCUGGUGCCCGGGUUGGUGUUGCUGGUGUUUGCUAUUGCGGGGAGUGCGCAUGCGCCGAGGCAGUGGGCGACGGUGUAUAUCGAUGUGUGUCUUGCGCUGGGGGUGGUGCUGCUCGUGGUGUUUGUGUAUGUGGAGGGGUGGGUGGUGGGGGAUCCCCUGGUGACGGCGGAUGUGUUUGCAGUGAAGUACAUGAAGCCGCUGCUUUUCUCGCUGGUCUGUCUGUAUGGCAGUCUGGGGAUAUUUCUGCUGUACGGAGCAUUAUACAUGCAAAGCAUCAUGAACGCCAGUCCGCUGCAGAUCGUCGCCUGGACAGUCCCCAUGGCGUUCGGGGGCCUCCUCAUCUCAACGGUUGGCGGCUUCAUCCUGCACCGCAUCCCCGGUACGAUCCUCAUGCUCAUCUCCUGCCUGGGAUACAUCGGCUCAGGUCUCUUCUUUGCCCUUCUCCCGGAGAACGGAGGCUACUGGGCGUUUGUCUUCCCGGCCAUGAUCUGUGGGACGAUCGGGAUCGACAUCAGCUUCAACGUUACUAACAUUUUCAUCACGAGUAACAUGCCGCUGGAGAAGCAGGGGCUGGCCGGGGCGCUGAUCAACUGCACAUUGCACCUGGGGAUUGCGCUGCAUCUGGGGUUCGCGGACAUCGUGCAGGUCAACACCGACGAUCAAGGGCUGAGGAAGAGUUACCAAGCCGCGUUCUGGUUCCAGGUAGCGCUGUCAGGGCUGGGACUAGUGGUGAACGCGUUAUUUGUGAGGAUUAGUCGGGCAAAGAGCGACCUGACCGUUGACGAGAGGAGGGCUUUAGAGAGUAAUCUAUAG